AUGGACACAGAGAAACCCACGCUCGAACCACCCAACCCGCCCGACCGCAGCCUCACCGCACCCGUCCCUCCGACCACCUCUCACUACGCUCGAUCCCUCUCGCUCGCUGAACUCGGCUCGGACGCGUCGAACGGGUUGGGCGAGGGCGAGAAAGAUGCGGGACAGGGGAGGGUGUUAGUCGAGGAACCGGGGUCUAUAGCGGGAGGUACGAGUAACGAUGAGGGAGCGGCACCUCCUCCUCCCGUUGGUGGGAGCCAACCAGUCCCGCAGCAUCACAUGCGCCAACGACGUCCGAAACCAGCGAGGGCUGAGACUGCUCCGGCGCAGAGGACGAGGAUGGGGUCGUUGGAGGUUGGAGGAGCGGAGGCAGGAGUGAGGCCGGGUGUUGAGAGGGCGCCGACGAGGUCGUUCUUGGGCAAGCAUCUGCUCGAGCCGAAGGUCCCGGUCGCGAACGCACCGGGCUGGAGGAGUUCCGCAGUCAACAUCGUCCGCUACUCAUGGCUCAACGUCCUGCUCGUCUUCAUCCCCGUCUCCUGGGCAUGUCACUUUACGAAUCAGAGUCCGACUGUUACCUUUAUCAUGUCCUUCAUCGCCAUUAUCCCGCUCGCUUCGCUCCUUGGUUUCGCAACCGAAGAUCUCGCCAUCCGUGUUGGCGAAACCAUCGGAGGCCUGCUGAACGCAACUUUCGGCAACGCCGUCGAACUCAUCAUCGCCAUCCUUGCGCUUGUCAAGGGCGAACUGGAGAUUGUGCAGGCGUCGAUGAUCGGGUCGAUUCUGUCGAAUUGCUUGCUUGUGCUUGGGAUGUGCUACUUUGCUGGCGGUCUCAAGCGGCACGAGAUGUCCUACGGCGUCCGCAGCGCGCAGAUCAACAUCAACUUGCUCGGUCUCGCCGUCACAGCCAUCGUCAUCCCCGUCGCCGUCCACCACUUCCUUGACGCCGCGCAGACCGAGAGCCUCGACUUGACGAACAGCAAGGCCUUGCACAUCAGUCACGGCGUCGCGAUCAUCUUGCUUUUCGUCUACAUCGCGUCGCUGGCGUUCCAGCUUUGGACGCAUGCUUACCUGUACGCUCCUGCGCCUCGUCCCGACCCUACAACCCUCGCCAACCAGCCUCCCCUCGCCGGCAUGGCGCCCGGUAACAUGGAACCGCAACCGCCUCAAGAGGGCAACGUCUUCCGCAUCCCCUCGCUCCCCUCCCUCCCGAGCUGGGGCGACUCGGACGACAGUUCCUCCACCUCCUCGUCGUCCUCCAGCUCUACCAACUCGGAACUCGAGCACCACACGCCCAAGAUGCUCGGCCGCGUUGCGGUCAUCUUGCUCGUUACUGUCACCGUCUUUGCGGGUGUGACGGCCGAAUGGCUCGUCUCGUCUAUCGAGGGUCUCGUCGAGACGGGAAACGUUUCGGAACAAUUCGUCGCGUUGAUCCUGCUGCCGCUCGUCGGGAACGCAAGCGAGCACGUUGCCGCUGUCACCGUCGCUACGAAGAACAAGCUGGACCUCUCGAUGUCGGUCGCUAUCGGCAGUUCGAUCCAGAUCGCCCUCUUCGUCAUUCCGGUUCUGGUCCUGCUCGGUUGGUGUAUUGGCCAGCCACUGUCCUUCUACUUCGACGAAUUCCAGACGCUCGUGCUCUUCGUGAGCAUCGUCGGCGUCAACUGGGCUAUCGCAGACGGCAAGACGAACUGGCUCGAAGGCCUUGUCCUCAUGGUCAUCUAUAUCAUCAUCGCCCUCGUUUUCUGGUACUACGACCCGGGCACGCCGCUCCUCUAG